GCUAACUGUAAACAGAUAAUUAGAACCAUUGCACCUCAACGUAACGAUAGUGAUGCAGAGCCCAUAGGCCCACUAGAAUUACAUCAGGAAGGAAUUAUUGGUUUAAGAAAGAGACAGUUGCUUUACAUCCAAUAUGCUUUUGACAAGGAAUUGUUCACUGUGGCUGCAAAGGACACUAUCAAGCAAUAUAUGACAUUUUCCAUGAGUGAGAUUGAGGAGGAUGAUAGUGAUGGUAGCAGUGCUGAUGCCCGUGAUGGUAGCAGUGCUGAUGGUAGUAGAGAUUAUGGUAAUGGUAGUAGUGCUUAUGAUGAUGGUAGCAGUGCUGAUGGUGAUGGUAGCAGAGAUUAUGGUAAUGGUAGCAGCGCUGAUGGUGAUGUUGAGAUCAGUACUUCUGAGAUAUUAGAGAAUUGA